UGAUGAGCUUAAUUGAGUGGAAUUAGAGGUGGAGUAAUAGUUAAUCAAGCUGCUGUGCUGGAGUUGAAGAGAGAAUCCAUCCUAAAAUUGAGCUAUAUCGUGGUUUUUACAGCCUAAAAUUGAGCGCAAUGGCAAGAGUGGCCGAGCCUUAAAAUUUUCCCUAAAAACAUAUCCCCUCCCAAAAGCAGCCUUUUAGCCAAAGAAAUUGGGCCUGGGCUUAUAAUAUUUAUUGGGCCUCAUGCUUUCAUAGUUGAGAUGAUGUAGCUUUCCUUUAAUCAGCAAAUGAGGAAGCCUCAUAUUGCCACGUAGCACCGGCCUUGAAGUCAACAGUAGGGACUAGGGAUGGGUAGGUGUGUAUCUAUACUUCUGUGUACCCCACAUUGUCUCCGGUGCUUCACAGUUCACAUGAUGAUACUCACACUUGUAAGAGAGUGAGUGAGUGACGGUGCCAAACCCUCUCUUCCAAAAUUCUCAGCGAAGCUGGAGUCCUCUUUUCUCUCAUAUUCUCUCUCCUUGAAUGUAUAUGCAUUUCCCUAAUUUAACGCCACCUUAGUAAUUGCCAAAAUCAGUAGAGCAGAAAAAAGAACCCUUUUUUAUGCUCCGACAAAUCAAAACAAUACUUGGUACGCAGAGCAUCGAAGGAACUCAGUCACCAAUUCCCACCUAUUUAGCAGCCCAGCAGAAGAAGGAACAAUCAUGUCUUCUUCUGGGUUCAGUUCCUCUUUCUUGUUUCUUAUGCUGCUGCUAUUUUUGGCGAAUGUGUUCAGUCACAGUGAAGCAAGCAUAGCCCAAGCAAAUGGGUCACUGGUGGAGGCAGAAAAGCUGGUGCCAUUGUUGGGGCAAAGGAAGGUAGAAAUGGUGUUGAAUGAGAGCAGGAGGAAAUUGGGGGGCUUCCAGAUAUGUGCACUUUGCACUUGCUGUGGAGGUGCCAGGGGAGUGUGUGUGCCAUCUCCCUGUUGCUAUGCCAUUAAUUGCCACAUUCCAAACAGGCCCUAUGGUUUCUGCUCUUUCACUCCCAAGACCUGUAAUUGCUUUGGAUGCCAUAUAUAGUCUAAGUCUUUCUCUCUUUCUCUUUCUCUUUCUUGAUAUAAUUCGCUUUCUUUAAAUUGGGGGUAAUCUUGAUUUUUAAGUGUGAAUGGGCAGGAGAAUAUCUGUUCUUAGAUUUAUUUGUUGAUAAGUUUAUUAUAAUUUAUAAAAUUAUUACUGUUCGAUUAA